UUGGAGAAAAGCCUCCUUUCUCAUGGUUUCCCCAAACGCUAUAUUAGAUGAAAAUAACCAUUAACAAACUCCUCCUCUUCCUCCUCCUCCUCAAUCUCUCCCCUAGAUCUACCUUUCAACUAUUUUUUAAUCCUCUCAAUCUCGAACAUUCCAGAAUUUUCCAAGACAUUUGUUUUCUAUCCUUCUCAAUUCUUUGAUAUUUCUUUCUGAUGAUAUUGGGUCUUUCUUUGAUUAGACUGUGACUGAAAGAUCCUUCAAAAUUUUCUUUGCUUUUCAAGAUUCAUGCUGGCUGCAUUUAUCAGUGGGUACGUGAUUUCUGAAAAUUUUGUUGUGGAGUGGGAAAUUGAGCAGAAGGCAGAGCGGAUUAUUAGGGUUGAUAUAAUUGGUGAUAUUGAUUUUAUGAAUAGUAUUCCCGGGUCAUUUGGGUGAGAAUAUGUAAGUUAUGGUAUCAACAUCUUUUAUGAGGAUUGUCUCACCUUGUUGGAGGCCUUCAGUUGUCGGUGAAAGUUCCAAUAGAUAUGGGGAUGCUGAUGGUCGUGUUGAUGGAUUGUUAUGGUACAAAGAUUUUGGACAGCAUGUUGGAGGAGACUUUUCAAUGGCAGUGAUUCAGGCUAAUAGUCUAUUGGAAGACCAGAGCCAACUUGAAUCGGGUCCAAUUAGCUCACUAGAGUCAGGGCCUUAUGGAACAUUUGUUGGAAUUUAUGAUGGCCACGGAGGUCCAGAAGCUGCCCGGUUCAUCAAUGAACACCUUUUUGACAACAUCAAGAAAUUUACAAGUGAGAAUCAUGGGAUGUCUGCUGAUGUAAUUAACCAAGCAUUUUUGGCAACUGAAGAGGAAUUUCUUAAUCUUGUAAAGAGGCAGUUUCUAAUUAAGCCGGAGAUAGCUUCUGUUGGUUCAUGUUGUUUGGUAGGGGUUAUAUGUAGUGGACAGCUAUACAUUGCAAAUGCAGGAGAUUCUCGAGUGGUGUUAGGAAGACUGGAAAAUGCCGUAAAAGAGGUCAAAGCUGUUCAGUUAUCAUCUGAGCACAAUGCCAGUUUGGAAUCUGUGAGAGACGAGUUGCAUUCAUUGCAUCCCGAUGAUCCACAGAUUGUGGUUUUGAAGCACAAAGUUUGGCGUGUGAAGGGUAUCAUACAGAUCUCAAGAUCCAUUGGCGAUGCCUAUCUGAAGAAGUCAGAAUUCAACAGAGAACCUCUAUUGCCAAGGUUUAGACUCCCAGAACCAUUCCAUAAGCCAAUCCUUCAGGCUGAGCCAACAAUUGUGGUGCAGAAACUCUACCCUGAAGAUCAGUUUCUUAUUUUUGCAUCCGAUGGCCUGUGGGAGCACCUUAGCAAUCAGGAGGCAGUCAACAUGGUCAACAACUCACCACGUAAUGUAGGAUUUCUUUUUGGUAUUGCAAGGAAACUGGUUAAAGCUGCACUCCAUGAAGCAGCAAAGAAAAGAGAAAUGAGAUACUCAGAUUUGAAAAAAAUUGAUCGUGGGGUGAGGAGGCAUUUUCAUGACGAUAUAACAGUCAUAGUUUUGUUUCUGGAUUCCCAUCUGAUCAGCCGCAGCAUUGCACAUGGACCCAUGCUUUCAAUCCGUGGAGGUAGUGGAAUCACAAACACUUAGUGGAAGAGCUUCUAAACAUCUAUUACCCUAUCCCCAUACUCUUCCUCUGUAUUAAGAGACUCUUUUUUUUGUUUAUAUAUAUUUAUUUUCCUUAGUGAAUAGGAGAGAUGACACUCAAUUUUUCCCAUUGUAUGGCCACCGCUGCUCAGAAACUAGUUUCCAUAAAGUGGCAUUGGGUCGACCAAAGUUGUAUCGGAAAGUUAGGAGGAAGAGUUGGAAAGUAAUUUAUGCUUUUUUGUGUUAGUUUGCAUUUUGAUAGGUAGGAUGGUGGUUGGU